UGUUGCAGAGAGAAGUGGUAUUCAACUGCUCAGUAGCGUUGGAGCUUCUGCUGUAAACACUAGGAAACUUGAGCGAGGGGGGUUUUUGUUAUCUAAAAAAAAUAAAAUGGUGGCAUUCAGGAAAUGGAAGGUUUUCAACCGCUUUCGCCCUCUGGACACACAGAAAGCUUCUAUUUUUGGACAUGUGACCCUGUGGAGUUCGUAAUUGUCUUUUCUGGUCGGUUCGCCCACCGAGGAGGAUCAUGUCUUUGCCGGUGGAUGACCUAGAGUGUCCUGUAUGCUGUGACAUCUUCAUAGACCCCGUUCUGCUGUCCUGCAGUCACAGCUUCUGCAGGGAGUGUGUGAAGCGCUGCUGGGAGACCUCUGGGUCACGAGAGUGCCCCAUGUGCAGGAAGAGAGCCUCGAAAGCGUCCCCAACCACCAACCUGGCCCUGAGAAACCUCUGUGAGACCGUGCAGGUGGCCCGGCGAGAGAGCUCGAGCUCGGAGAAGGAGAAGGAGAAGGAGAAGGAGCUGAACUGUGACCUCCAUGGGGAGAAGCUAAAACUCUUCUGCCUGGUGGAUAAACAGCCCAUUUGCCUGGUUUGCCACAUGUCCAAAACGCACAAGAACCACGAUUGCUCCACGUUGGAGGAGGCAGUCGUCGACUGCAGGGGGGAACUCAGCACCACCCUGACGAGUCUACAGGAAAAAAUGGACAGCCUCAAAAUAAUCCACAGCAACUCAAACGACACCAUUGAUUACAUUAAGAACCAGGCUAUAGGCACACGGCGGGGGAUCAAGGCCCAGUUUGAGCGGCUCCACCAUGUCCUUCACCGGGAGGAAUCUGAAAGGCUGGCUGCUCUGAAGAGGGAGGAAGACCAGAAGAUAUCGGGGAUGAGGGAUAAAGUCAGCGAGAUCUCCGAAGAAAUGCUCUCCCUCGAGGAGAGUUUCAACUUCCUGGAGUCUGAGCUGAAUGCAGAGGACAUGGCCCUUUUGCAGAACUUUAAAGGCACUCUGGAAAGAUGCAGCAGUCUACCACUCGGUCCAGUUACCAUGUCUGGAACCCUGAUUGACGUGUCCAAACAUCUAAGCAAUCUCAAGUACUCGAUCUGGGAGAACAUGAACCACCAUAUUGAGUACACUCCAGUGACCCUGGACCCAAAUACAGCACACCCCUACCUCAUCCUGUCCGAUGACCUCACUUCCCUUUAUUAUUCUGGCUUGUCUUACGGUUGCCCUGACAACCCGGAGCGUUUCCAAAUGAGCGCUGAAGUCGUUGGCACGAACGCCCUCGGCUCAGGAAGUCACCACUGGAUCGUCGAAACAGGAAGCAAUCGGGAUUGGCUCCUGGGUGUGACCUCCGUGUCUGCUCCGAGGAAUGUCGUAAUCUCUGCGAGGCCGGAGAACGGCUUCUGGACCUUGUGUUAUCGAGGCGGGGAGUUCAGGGCCAUGACCUCGCCACCGACGACCCUGUCGCUGGCCACAGAGGCGCCCAUAAGCCGAAUCAAAGUACAGCUGGACUAUAACAAAGGGACGCUGUGUUUCUUUGACUGUUCCGGUGACGACAGGCUGCUCUACACGUUCGAGAGCACGUUCACCGAGAUGGUGCUUCCGUAUUUUUACACCCACAGCCAGCAUCCACUGAGAAUCUUACCAGAGAGUGUGAUGCUAACGGCUUUGAAUAAAGAAGGAUCUGCGCAAGUUAUAUGACAGCAAAUCCACCACGGGAUGUGUGGAUAAGUUGUAAUUCUGUCAACUUGACAGAAAUUUGCUUUUUGUGGGGACUAUAGUUUUUGCCAUCAUGGUAUAACAAGUGAAGUAGGGACGUCAGUGUCGUUGAACCAUGAUAUUUGCACUUUAACAAGGACAUGUAGGCUAUGUAGGGAUCUUUUUUUAACACAAUUGUUUGUUAUGUGUUUGCAAUUGAUCAAAUCACCUCUGCUCCUCAUGUACAUUUAGGGAAACAAUUCAUGGAAAUAGUUAAAUUGUAAGGAGAUCACUGCUGUCACUUUGAUUUUUUUUUACACAAUGAAGGAUUGCAAAUCGAGUCUGUGUAGUUUUAUUAUUGAACACACGAUGGCGCUGCAGUCAUACAGAACUGUACGGCCAACAGUGGUUCCAAGAGGUUAUGAAACAUGAUUGUUUUUUAUUAUUGCUCAAUUGACAGUUCUUUGAAAAUAUUUACAAUACAAUAUUACAUUCAAAUGAAUUAAAUAUAGACCACAUAUACUUUACAAUCAAAGAGCUGUAUACAAAGACACAAACACAAAUGAUAAUAAUGGCCAAACAAAAUCAAACACAUUCACCCUGCAUAUUCCAUCCUGAACAACACUAUCUAGUGUUGUUUGGGCAAAGAUGAGUGUAGCUCAUCUUUUAGGCAAACCACCUACACCUCGUCUUCACAUUCAGGCAGGCGAGGCUUCAGACGCUUGUACUGACUGUUGCUUGGGACUUCCCUUCCUCCUGCUUCACCGGUACGGGGAAACACCACUUCACACAGCACUCGGGCAGGAAGGACGACCUCUCCAGCCGGGACAGGAAGAUGAGUGGCUGGGUGCUGCUGCUGAUGUUGAGGAAUGCGAACCCCACGGGCUGCACGUAGCAGCGGAACACGUCGGGCGCGUAGGCGUCCUCGAAGGGGAACAGGGCCACGGGCGGCAGGUAGUUGCACACGGUGAGCACCAGGAUGGCCAGCACCAUCUUGAAGGCCUUCUUCUUCAUGGGGUGCAUCGCGUCCUUGCCCGCGCCGCGGGACCUCUUCAGCGCCAGCAGGAUGGCGGCGUUGCACACGAUCAUCCACACGAACACGGCCAGGAUCUCCCCCGUGAACACCUUCUCAAAGUUGGGCAGGUCGCCCACCGUCUUGGCCGAGGCGUAGGCCAAGGUGAGGCCCAGUACCAGCGUGGAGAGGCUGAUGCGGUAGCGGGGGGCCCGGAGGGUGCCGAAGGCGAUGGGGAACAGCACGGCCACGAAGCGGUCCAAGCAGAUGCAGGACAGGAACAGGGGCCCGCUGGUGUCCUUGACGCCGUAGGAGAACUUGACGGACAGCCACACCUUGUAGCUCUCCCAGUGGUACAGGUUGAGGAUGUUGAUGGGCACCAUGGCGCCGUAGUAGAUGUCCAGGAAGGCCAGGCAGCCCAGGAACAGGUCGGAGGUGGAGGGCUCCUUGCGGUUGCGCAGGAGGACGACGAUCACCAGUAUGUUGGCGGGGAUGCCCAUGACCACGUUGACGCACUGCACGAUCAGGUCGAACAGGAUGCCCUCGGCCAUGAGCUCGCAGCCUUCGAACGGGCUGAAGGGGGCGUGCGUGGCGUUGAGCGCCCCCGUGUGGUUGAGGGGGUAGGUGGGGGUAGUGGAGUUGGUCGUGUUGUACACAUAGUCCGCCAUGGUGCCUCUACAGGAGCAGGAGCCAAGUCAAACUCCACUGUCUCUAAUGGUGGGAGAGGAUAAGGAAACAAUUUUUUACAUCCUCUGGAUUUGGUGCCAUCCAUUUACAGAUGCACUCACUGGUUCACAUACGUGCCGAGAGGCCCACUUGCCCUCACACAGAUGUAGUAACGCAGAGGAAUUAAUUCACUCAGGCUUGCUCACUCGGCCAUUCAGUUUCAAAACCUUAUGCCAUGCACUAACUGCAUUACUUGAAAGAGAUGUAUGCACUAUGCACCAUGGAUGAUAUGCAAAGCCAAAGCCCCAUGUGUGACGAUUAAUAGUCAAUAAAAAAAUCAACCUUGCCAAUUAGGCAUGAGUUGGCCUGUUUUCCAUAUGUGUGGGUGUAGACAUGGUUGAAAUCUUGGGAGCAAAAUGUGUUUUCUGUCUUGUGACAGUCCCUCAAGGCCCACAUUAUCAACAGGUCUGAGCUGGGGUCUCAGGCAAAUUGGGAUGAAGUCAACAUCACACGAUUAGACAAUUAACGGACAGAAAAACACAAUCUAACAAACACGGUCUAGGCAUCACCGCAGGCUAUUAUUCUGUUAUUGCGCGUGUGACUCCCUUCCCUGGGUGCUCUGACAUGGCACCCAGGGACAUCAAAAUCCCUUAAGGCACCCACAUGAAAACGCUCUGCAUGCUUGUAUGGCUGCAUAUAAGGAGGUCCCACAAAAGAGAACGGUUUCACUCACGCACAUAAUCAAAUGGUCAAUGCACUGCACUGUUGAUGCGUGGAGAUCUGAUCUAUAUUUGGUUGUUUUGUAUUCUUUUUGGAUAAGCCUGAAGGAAUUGGAAAACUUUAAAGAUAAGAGUAUAGCUUGACUGAUAAUACAACAUGCAGCGGGGUCAUGCGUGGGAUACAAACACUCCUCUGAAGUAGCUAGAAAUUCACUUUUUCUAAAGCAGCCCCUUCAGUCGGAUCAACAUCUCUCUUCUCUCCGUCUGUGAAUUCUAACCUUUUUUGGCCCAAGGAUUUCCUCCGGCGGUUUGGUGUGAAUCCAAUUGUGUGCAUCUUUCUGAUGUUGUGUAUGAUAUCGUUUUGUGUGCUCUAAGACAGAGUCUUUGCUAAUCCAAUCCGACUGCCAUGAUAUUGGCUGAUUUGAAAAAUUAUUUCCUCCCAUACCUCCAAACUGCUCUGCUCUAAUUGCCCACCCCCAGGACACAUUCAGGUUUCCCCUAAAGGAGUCAAGAGUGUGCCAAGGCAUCCGCAGAAACAUAAUGGAUGAUGUUAAUGCCAGCAGAUGACUUAAUGAUGAUUUGAUCAAUCAUAUUGUUCCCUAGCUGCUGAGAGAGCAUGCAGAACAAAUGGCAAAGAUAAUAAUGUGUACCUUUAUUAUUUCUGGCUGUUUGUAUAGUUUUGUUUGACAGUUUGAAACUAAUGUUUGUGUUUUUGUAUUUCUUUGUGU